CGCGUUUGGAGCGCGACGCGCGGGGCGCGGCGGGGCCGGCAUGUGGCGGCCGCUGGCCGCGCUCGCCGCCCGCGGGCCCGGGGGAGGCACCGGAGGAGCCCGGAACGGCCCCGGAAUCGCGGCCAGAGCCGCCCUGAGGGGCCGGGCGGCGCUGCCCGUGCUCGGUGCCGCCGUGCGGAGGGCUCGGGGCGGCGGGGGAGGAGGAUCCGGAGGGCAGCGGGGCCGGUGGGGCCCCGGCGGGGGCACCGGGCCGGUGAUGGCGGCGAUCGGGGCCGCGUUCGUGUGGGACGGGAGGAGGAUCGAGGAGGAGGAGAUGAGGAGGACGGCGCAGGAGCUGCAGCAGUUGGAGAAUCCCGAGGAAUUCCCGGAGCGGGAGCAGCCGUGGGAAUUGAUCAUGGAACGGGAACAUUUCCGGCUCUGGCGCCGCCCCAUCCCGGGAUCCACCCUCUUCCAGUACCGAGUUUUCGGCUCCUACACCGACGUCACUCCCCGGCAAUUCUUCAACGUCCAGCUGGACACGGAGUACCGGAAGAAGUGGGACUCGCUGGUGCUGAAGCUGGACGUGGUGGAGCGGGAUCCGGCCUCGGGAUCCGAGGUGAUCCACUGGGUCACGCAGUUCCCGUAUCCGAUGUAUUCCCGGGAUUACGUUUACGUCCGGCGCUACAGCGUCGACAGCGACCGAAACCUCAUGGUGCUCGUGUCCCGGGCCGUGGAACAUCCCGGAAUUCCCGAGGAUCCCGAGCACGUCCGGGUGCGCAGCUACGAAUCGCACAUGGUGAUCCGGCCACACCGGGGCUUCGAUGAGAACGGAUUCGAUUACCUGCUGACCUACAGCGACAACCCCCAGACCGUGUUCCCCCGCUACUGCCUCAGCUGGAUGGUGUCCAGCGGAAUGCCGGAAUUCCUGGAAAAGCUGCACUCGGCGGCGCUGAAGGCCAAGAAGAUGGAGCUGGAAGUUCGGGAUUAUCUGAGCCCCGGGAAGAGCCCGGAGCCGCGCGGAGCCGCUCGCCUGGAAUACGCCUGAGCCGCGGAAAACCGGGAAUAACCACGGGAAUUCCCGGGAAAAACGGAGCCAGAGGCAGCCGGAGCUGGCGGGAAAAAUUCCCGGGAAAAACGGGAAUUCCCGGAGCGGAGCUGAGCCCAUCCCUCCCCUCCCCCGUCCCUAUCCCGGUUUUCCGGUGUUUUCUGUGGAAAAUUCCCGGGGGGAAAAGCGCGGGAUAGCGGGAAUAAACCGUGGGAAAAACGGGAAUAAACGGUGGGAAAAACGGGAAUAAAUGGUGGGAAAAACGGGAAUAAACGGUGGGAAAAACGGGAAUAAACGGUGGGAAAAACGGGAAUAAACGGUGGGAAAAGCGGGAAUAAACGGUGGGAAAAGCGGGAAUAAACUUUGGGAAAAGCGGGAA